UCCUUGUCCAAGGCGGAGCAUUUAGCCCGAUUACGGGCUAAGAAAGAGGAGAUCAAGGCUUUGUUGAAGGCCGUUCAAACUCAACAACAGGGUUCGGGGGGCUCGAAAACACCGGAUCCUUGGGCCACUGACGGGGCUCGAACCCCUGACCCGUUUGGUGAUGCGGGUGAGGCCUUUGAAGAAGAGGAAUCGCUCUAUGAGAACACAGGACCUUCCUCCCGAUUUGCCCAUCUGAAUCAAGAUCCGCCUCCGCCUCCCCUCCCUCCUCGGGCUCCCAGGGGCUCUUUUGUGGCCCCACCUCCUCUGCCGUUGGGAGGCGUCGGCACCCCCCCGGUCAAGUGUUCCACGCCCAAGGACGGUGAAAGUCAAUCUGAGCGAUUGCGGAGAUUGCUUCUGGAAAGGGACCAUCUCAAGCAGCUUUUGAUCGAGGACGAUUCCGUGCGGGAUAAGUAUUACUUGGAAUUGGAGACCCUCUCGAAACGGAUUCGAAGCCUCUCGAUCGCCAACAUCUCAAACUAUUCAUUGGAUAAUGAGGCCGAGCGUCAGAAGUUGGAGCAACAAACUGAAGCAUUGCGGAUCCAGAACUCGCAAGGACUUCAACGCCGUCAGAAUUGGGUCCAAUCGCUGAACCGAGUGGACAACGAGAUCCAAGAGCUGGAGCUACUCUCGGCCAACGGAGGCCAGCGUGUGAUCCACCAUCGGAGAACCUCAGAAACGUCCUCCGAAAUGGCAGGAAAUCACACUGGAGCCCGAGCCGGUCCGUUCCAGCCCAGAUCGGUCAAUCUGGAACAAUUGUACCACGAGGCUUUGCCAAGCAUGAACAAGGCAUUGUCUCAUAGUGGACCAGCUCAUCUGGGAGGAUUACUGCAAGAUGAUGCUGGGAGCGUGAUGAGUUUCUCAUCUUCGAUCCAUUCGGUCCAAGACGCGGCCAUGUCUUCCAACCACUCUCGCCGUCGAGAAGAUAUUGACAACAAGAUUGAAUGUGUCAAUUCAUUGGUGUCGUUGUUGGGCUGCACCGACAUCGAUAAGAUGUCCCGGACAUUCGAAGCCAUGUCCAGCACUGCCGCCAAUUGUGAGCUAAUGCGAAGUCAUCGAGUGAUCCCACUCCUGGUCCAAUUGCUCCAUGGGACCCAAGUGACUCAGGAGAGACCCUCGAGAGAGGUGCGGUUCCGCGUGGCCAAAGCCUUGUAUAACAUCGUUCAAGCUCAGACUUCUCAUCCCAACGAGAAACAAAGCCGAAAGAAGGAGGCCAAGAUUCUGAAGCUUCUCGAGAACCUCAGACUCUAUGCCGAUUUUUUGAGGGACUUGGCUGCCGCCAUCGAGAGCCAGCAAUUUCCCAAUUGUGAGGAGUUGGCCCGACGAGGAUGUCAAUUUGUGUGCAUUAAGACGAAGAAGCAGAGCGAUGCUUCUGAUCUCAUUAUUUGUGAUAUCAGCCAAGGUCCCGAGGGCUCCAAAAGCAGCCGGUCGAGCCUCAAUGAACAAGCGGUUCUUCAGCAGCAACAACUACAACAACAAGCCCUACAUUCAGGUUCGAGCUCAUCGUUGGUGGGCAGUUCUCUACACUCUGAAAACGGCGUGGGGGAGAAGGGCCCAAGGGUGUUGGCCACGGCAAGUUUUCCGUGCAAGAACUUCAUCAACUAUUCACAAGAAGCCAUGCUAUUGGAAGACAACUGUCUAGCCCUGCCCAUCAAUAUCGAAGAGACAAUGGCCGUGUUGACGCGGUGCUCAUUUGAUGAGAGCCAUCGACAGCCGAUCUCUUUGCUUGGAGGCAUUCCGGCUUUAGCCGAGCUUAUUCAGGUUGAGAAGAUCAUUCAUGGCGAUCUACUCGAAAGAACCCCUUGCUCUGAGGUACGACGGUACGCCGUGGUGGCAUUAACGAACCUAACCUUCGGAAAUGCUUCCAUUAAGAGCUUCCUGUGCUCUUCGCCCGGAUUUGUUCCCGUGAUGGUCCAACAGCUCGGGUCUCCAUUCGAGAACUUGCGAAAGGCCACCGCUCAUUUGUUUCGAAACCUGGCUUGGAAGGCCGAUAAGGCCAGCAAAAGCAUACUCAGCGAUUCGAACGUGAUCUCCGUGCUCAUGCGGGCAGCCAUGGAUGUGGCUCAGCGAGUUGGUGAGGAUCCUAAGGAAGAGGCCACUCUGAAGGUGGUCCUCUCGGCUUUGUGGAACCUCUCGGCUCAUUGUGGCAAGAACAAGGCGGAUAUUUGCGCUAUAGAUGGAUCUUUGCCUUUCUUGGUCCAUCUACUUCAAAGUGAUUGCGUGGCCGUAGUGGAAAAUGGAGGCGGAAUCUUGCGGAACAUUUCGAGUUAUAUUGCCACUUGCAGCGGCGGCGAAAAGUACAGAUCCGUUCUCCGCGAUCACAAUUGCCUCUUUAUUCUCCUUCAACAACUGAAAUCCCCAAGUUUGACAAUAGUGAGCAAUGCUUGUGGAACACUAUGGAACUUCUCCGCACGGAAUCGAGAAGAUCAGCACGCUUUGUGGCAAAUGGAUGCCGUUCCCAUGCUAAAAUCUUUAACUCAUUCCAAACACAAGACCAUCGCCACUUGCUCGGCAGCCGCACUUAAGAACCUGACGGCCGCCAAACCCGUAGUUGUGGCCAAUUCAGAAAAGGGCAGUAAUGCGUCGUCUUCUAAUGGAUCAGGGCUCGAGGCCCGACGUCGGCGUAAUCUUAUGGUAGAGUUAGAUGACAAAUUGACCGAAACAUGUGACAACAUUGAAGGCAAUUCGUCGGACGAAUCUGGCAGUGAUGAUGACAAAGGCCCCCAAGGCUCGAGAAAGAGUCGGCCGGAAUCGUGCGGAUCGGUAUCCAGCACACCCUCAGUGACGAGCAAUUAUGCGGAUAUCUCUUCCGGAUCGGGGGUAAGAGCAUCACGCCCUGCUCCCCAAGUACCUGAGGAGGAUGGUACAUCGUCACCGGCCACCUUGGUUCAAAGGCACCCCUUGGAGUUGAGCAAGAGCCGAAAACAGAUGUUCAUGAAGCAAGCUUCCCCAGAAGUGAGCGGUUAUCCUAGCUUCCCACAAUCGGACCCGAGUAAUUCCCAUGGCUUUUUCCGCUCUUCAAGUUCCACCGAGUUUCAUCCCAGCCCUCAAACGUUCCAAAGAUCAAGCUUUUCGGUUUCUUCCACCUCUCUGCAGUUCACUGAAGUCAAUUCGACUAUUGGACCACCGGCAAUGGUCAAUAAUUUCAUGACCGAUAAAGGUUCUGCAAGUGCUAACGGAGAACGGAUUAUGUCGGCUUCCAAAAUCCAUUUGUUCCAAAACUCCUUCCAUGAACAAAAUGGGAACGAUUUGGAAGACGACGACAUGGACGAGCGACCUCGAGAUUAUAGCCUAAGGUUCCAAGACGCUGAAGAUCCUGACCUCAGUCAAGAACGAGCCAGAGCUUGUCGCCCUGCCAAGGUGGAUCAAUCCGACGAUAUCGAAGAAGAAACUGAAGACACCGUGAAGACCUUUUGUACCGAAGGCACGCCUUACGACACACCAUGCCUCAUCUCGACAGCCACCUCCAUGUCCGACCUACGGGAUCCAGAUUUGGACACAAAAAUGUUCCACAAACGCCCUUCCAAAGCCACCCUGAGUAGCGAUCAAUUCCAACCAGCCUCGGGGACAUUUUCCGGUAUGGACACCCCGAGCGAGAAGCCUCAAGUGUUUGACACUGAAGGCACACCGGGUUUCUUUUCCCGAGCUGAUUCGUUGAGCUCCCUUGGGUCAGAGGACGUUCAAGACAACCCCCGCGAUACUCAAGUGCACCAGGGCCGUGAAGAGGCGCAAGGUAUUGCCUCACCAGGUGACAAUGGCUCCGUGGAGAAAGGCCAGAUCGAAGCCAAUGGGGGUUGCACCAAAGAAGGCUCUAACAGAUCCAUGACUCCGCCUCUGCCAGACGGAGCCACAUGCGCCCCCAAUCGGCUAAGAACCACGACCACCUCAAGUUCCCAUAACAAGCAGGUGACAUUCAACCAACAAGACACACCCAUGAUGUUCUCCCGAUGUUCCUCAUUCGAGUCCUUGAACAGCUUCGACCAACAAUCCAUUCGUGACGGGUACAGCAGCUGCGAUUUCUCGCGUGCCACCAGCGGUCGAGUGUCCCCAAGUGAUCUUCCGGACUCGCCUGGGGAUCAAAGUCCCGCCCGGCCUCGCUCGCCUGCUUUGAUGAGGCCUUUGGCUGCUGAUCCUCGUUCACAUGGAACAACAUCAACCACUGCCGCGGGAGCACCUCCGCCAAUGGGAACUCAAGAGAGCCAAAAGGGAACGAAGUCCUCUCUCCCCUCAGAGCGAACUGGAACAACAGCUGUUUCAGGAGUUGACAGAGGAGCCAGAGAAGAGGGCUUGAAUUCCAAGUUUGAUCAUCAUGAACAGGCCGAGGUGUCCUCGACUCUCCCUCAACUUCCCAAUUCUGAAGCUUUCGGGACGAGCGGCUCGCAGACCUUGGAACCGGUAGAUGAGAAAUCUAACGGGAGUAAAGACACGGACGAAGAAGACAUCUACGCCGAGACAUUGCUCUCGAACAUUACAAAACUCGGGAUGCCCAACGAUAUAUCAAGACCCGAUUCUCGGAAGAGCCGAUCUGGGAUUCCUGUGGCUCCCUCCAAAACCAAGGGACACUAUUCGAGGUCUUCAGCCUCAUCUUGUUACGAGGCUCCGCGUCAAUUUGCUACCGAAGACACGCCCAUAGCACUAUCCCAAGCUGGAUCCCAAACCAAUCUCUCCACUCUGACGUGUGAGGAUGAUCUGGUGCUCAACAAGAGCCUGGACACAUCUGGAGACAAGACAGACGAUAGUGAUCUCGACAUUGAGAACAUCAUUCUAGCCGGCAUGAACUCAAAGGCCGCUUCGAGAUCAUUUCUUCCAAUGGGUGAGCGUGGAACGGGCGAAGGUGCCCCAAGUGUAAAGAGUCCUGGCGGUGCUAAAGGUGCUGCCAGAGCCUUGACGUCUACCUCAUCGAAGUUUGGGUUCCACAAGAAACCGAGAGGAACAAAAUCAACCACAUCCAAUGGAACCGUUUCGAAAACCCAGUCCUCAACUAAUCAUCCUGAUCCUCGAUUCAUGUUAGACACGCCCUCCUCUGGGCGGAGUAGACAUCCUUCCAAUCAUCGGACUCGGCUUCAAAGUGGAUCUGGAACUGCCGCCUCAAGUAAUUUGACUUCUGGAAGAGAGACUCCUGUUCAUUUCGCCACAGAGGACACGCCCCAUGUGUUCUCUCGGUGUGAUUCUUCUCUGAGCUCUUUAAGCGCAGAGGAUCCUCCCUUGUCUCAUGAUGAUUUUUCGAGAGAUAAAGAUGAUCUAGGGGACACGGAGAACACUGAAGAGAAAGGCGAUUUGACCGCGAGUAGCAAGCGAUCUACUCCAUCUUCAGCGGGCGUUUUCCGAUCCCAUUUACCACGCCCACAAGCCCUAGGAAGGUCGGAAUCGUCCGGCUCAUCCACCAAGAGUAGUCGUAGUCGAACCGGAAGAUCAUCGCCGCACCCGAAUCGAACGGCUAAGUCCAGUGAAUCGGACGACGAUGAUGAUGAUGAUGAUGAAGAGCUCAUGGCGUGUGUCAUCAAUAUUGGCAUGCCCAAGUCCAAAUCUGAACCUUUGGAUCUAAAGGCGGCCAAUGGUAUAUCAGUGGUGAAGCGUGAGAAGAAAAGUGGUUCAGCAUCGAGCAAGAAUCGACGCUCUACCUCCAAGAGUCCAAGAAACUCCAAAGUCAUCCCCGGGGUGAGAAUCGCCGAGCUCAAGUUGAAGCCAAGAAGCACCAGCCAAGAGAAGGAGAGUCUCACUUUGCCAUUGCAGGAGAAGACCGAGCCGUCGUCCUUAAGUUUGAACACCCCCGUGAACGACGACCUCGGAGUAAGUCAAAUGUGGACGGAUGAAAGCCCGAAUUGCGCUCAAAUCCCGAGAGCGUUCCCUCCUGCCAACAAGGAACGAACAGACUCCAUGAUUGACACCUUGACCGUCGACAAUGCCCUCAAGCUCAGUGACACCAAUAACAUCAGCACAUCCGAAGAAGCUGUCCUUCAAAUGGAGGCCGAGCGCGUGUCUCAACAAGUUCAAGACGAGGCCAGCAUGGUGAGUUCGGUGUGCUCUACCUUGAGUACGAUUCAACCCCCAUCGUUGAUGCUCGAGAGUCUCAUGUCGAUCAGUGGAGAACGGACCGAGAGUCAACCUAACGACACGCACAAGAGUACGAACUUGGCCCAUAAAAGUCCGCCCAAGAAAGUGGAGAAAGGGAUGGAGUGCAGACACACACUAAGCGCCAAGAAAGGCUUUGUUGUCCCCGAGAUGGUGCGGAGAGCACUUGGCGUGGGCGGCAAUCCUACCAAGGACGGAUCCAACGAAGACCUGAGCAGUUUGAGUAGCUGUCAGUCAAAUUUGGAUAACAUCAAACCUCCCACGCUCAUGGAGGAAGGUGGCGAUAUGGACAACUCCAUGAUGUCGUUGGCCAGUCUUAACUCGGAAGUGGUGGAUAUGGGAAGCUCCAAUGAAACGAAUGCGGGGAGCACUGACAAUGAGAAAAUCUUUGAUCUGGCCUCCACCGGCCGCCAGAUCAUGAACACAAGUACUUUUGAAACAAGUGAAGCACCCGAACUGAUGGGAAUCGAACCACCGACCAUUAUGGAUGACAUUUCCGGUGUAAUGUCGACUUGCUCGAAGACUUUGGUUCCAGAGACGGCUCCACAAGGGGAAGAUGGGGCCACCUAUGUAAUUGAAAGUGGGGAUGCGGGUCAGUCCACGUGUCAGGAUAUCACAGACGUUUUCGAUGAUGACACCACCAUCGAGCGGAGUGACCCGUUGGAUGAUGAUGAAGCCCCAGAAUUACCUCGCGAUUCCCGUCACACGACGCCGGCCCAAUCGGGGGGUGAGAGCUCAUUGGAAAAUACUCCCAGAAUCAAACGGAAGCUCGUGAGCGGCGCCAACUUGAACGUGGACUAUUAUCGCCAGUAUCGAGUCCCGGUCCCGGAUUUGGAUGAUUCCUCCGACAUGGCCGGGCAGGACACGUCCGGCUACAAAAGCGAAACCACCGUUCCAUCAAAUCCCAAAUCGUCGGUUCAAAGACGCAAAGAGGAAAUAGACCGAUUCAGAACCCACACAAUCUCCAAGAGUGAUCUGGUCGGCACGGAUUCCUCCUCGAGUUCAAGUACGCCUCAAAAGAAGUCGCCCAAGUCGAUCAAACAGAAACGAGAGGAAGACGGAGAUCGAUUCAAGACCCACGUGAUAACCCCGGCGGAUCUAAAACAGCCCUCCAUUCCGGUUAUGAGUCCAAUGGAAGUAAAGCUGAUCGCGGAAGACGCACAGCUUGUAGUAGACGCCAUCAAAUCCACCAAGGCCAAAACGCGGAGUCGCAGCUCCUCCAUUGACAUGUUGAGAGCUUCUUCUAUUGAGAUCUUGGAUGAAAAGGAUAUGAAGCUGAGCAAUGACUUCAGUGGUUCUGAACCAUCCCUUCACCUGGACGUUCAACAACCAAUUGCCAAAGGUCCAAGGGUCUGUAAACCUUGGGAAAGUCGAGCCGCACCUGUCAGGAAAGAAAACGAGGAGCGUGAAGAGGAGGCCGAAGUGCGAGGAAUACGAGGACGACGAAAACCUUUGUACGCCUCACCACCUAAGCGAUCCACUGUACCCCCCGCCAUUCCUCCCAAACCAAUUUUGGCCCCCAAGCCCAAAUCAGUUUUAAGCGCCCCUGUUCAGAGGCAAGGCUCUCCACCCACUCAAAUCCGGGGAACGCGAGCGUCAAACCUUCGACAAGUGAACACCCGUGGACGAAUGAAUUCACCUCCCUCACCUAAGUUGUCCUCUCCGCGGAGUCGGGGCUCGAUCAGUUCCAUUUCUAGUAUAUCCUCAAGGGCCAGCACCGUGAGCACAAGGUCCAACAGAUCUCAACAAAAGCCCCCGCCAGCUCCCCUGAUUCGCCAGGGUACCUUCACUAAAGAGGAGUCUUCGUCAUCGCCCAAUCAAUCCGGAGAGGAGACCAGGAUCCCGCCCCGAGUGGCUCCCAAGCCCAUGAUCCGGAGGGAUCUGGUCCAUCCAGUCGCCUCCCAGAGACCACCCGUUUCCACGGCCACUCGUUCAGCUGUCAAAAUGACACCUGUAGAGCGAGGUCGAUCCAACUCUACCCAAAUGUCGGCACCAGCAGAUUUGAGAGGUCGCAAUCCUCGGAUCAUGCAAACAAAGACCUCUCAACUUCGAGAACGGUCCUCUUCCCGAUCAAGCCGAGUUUCAACCUCCCCCCGUGAAGCGACCAACCUUACUCAACUUCAACGUUAUCCUAGUACGAGUAGUGCUAGUAGCUUGGCCAGUGGGCGUAGCAGUGUCAGAUCCGCUUCGGCCAUGAAGACGUCCUCGUCAAGCCACGCCCUUAAGACCAAUACAGAAGCUAAUCGUCUCACAAAACGGGUUCCUUCCAGUUCGAGCAUUGAUCAGCAAAAGACGGCGGAUUCGUCUAACAUUAGUGAUAUCCAAUCCGAAUCUGGAACCCCUGGAACGGGUCCGAAGAAACCCAAAAGGGAAGUGACCAGUCGGAUUGCCAGUUUGUGGAAAAAAGUGGAGGACUCCAAGAAGAAAAACAAGGAGUGCACCAAAGACCCUCGGGUGUGGAUUGCUCAGGGCAAAGUGAUACCUGAGCACGAACUCGAGCUCCUGAAACCCCAUGCCGAGCAGAAACAAAUCAUAUCGAACUUCCAAGCCCAGCGACAGGAUCACUCUUCUUCCAGCUUGGCCAAGACUGAGCAAUCCAAUCAAGUCGAGGUGAAACCCCGAUCCCGAUCUCGACUCUCCAUGAGAUUGUCCAAAUUUGCCAAGCCAAAGAAAGACAAGGACUCGAAAACUCCAACGUCUCCCAUGAGCCCGUGCUCUACUCAAGAUAGUGUCAAUGGUAACUCCCAAACCGUCUCACCCUCAUCCCCUAUCAUAGAUGUCGAUGAUGUCUUGGGGAAUGGCGAGGGUUUGGAAGAAAUCGACGCCACCAACGACAACGAUCUCAUUCAUAAGACAGAUGAAGACUCACGUCAAUCCAAGCGAAGGUCCAGAUUGGGAACCUUCCUCAAUCCUGAAGGAGAUCCGAACUCCUCAAACGGUCAGAGCUCGGUCAUUCAGUUCCGAAACCCCAACAAUCGAUCUCCCCAAUCGGCCGCCAUUGUGCCGCCUUUCAAUUAUAAUCCACCCACUAUGCUGAUGGGACCUCCUCCACCUCCGCGAGGUGAGCCCCAUUUUUUUGUCCGCCCUAAACCUGUGCCCGCAUCCGCGGCUCAAGUGAGACGAAACGACUCUUACGUUAGCAGCAUGGGAAGGAAGGCUGAGGAAGAGGCCAAGGCCAAGAAAACAGCCUCAAGAACUGAAGAGGAUCCAAAAAUGGAGAAGAGCACCUCUUCUGUUAUGGUCACCCUGGUGUGAGUGAAGAAUAACACGCAACUGCCUUAUGGAAGAGGAAAUAUCAAAUUUUCAGCUUGAACAGUUCUUGGAUCGAUUUUAGUAUUUUCCGCUAGUGCUAUGCAUUUACCGAUUUGCUUAAUUUGCCUGAACUGACAACUUAUUUUUGUGCCAAAUGCUUCCUUGCUCGCUCUGUCUUUUUUUCUCUUCUUUUCAUGUGGCUCUUCCAAAUAUUGAAUCAUAUAAUGCACACAUUUAGAUAUUUGCGUUUGCGAAUCUUUCAUAACUGAUUAUGUUGUGACGUUGCCUAUUCAACGCCAUCAGUGCUGUCAAAAUGUUGCCCAUGCUAAAUUGCCCAAAGAUGGUAAUUGAAUACUCUUACGGUUCUCGACGAGAAUAAAUAUUUCAUCCAGACAGAAA